AUGACAAGAACAGAGACAGGAGAACAGGACUCUCCCCGGAUCAGGGACGCCGCAUCCAUCAAAAUGCGUCUCGAGGAAGAAAUUGUCUCCCUCAUCACCGAGACCCAGGAGCGGAUAGAGAUCCCAACAGCACUUCAAUUCCAUCGCUACGUCGCCGCAAACCGACCCGUCGUCAUCUCCCUCCCCCCCUCCUCCACAACCAUCCACCCCUCAGAACCCACCGCCUCCUCUUCCUCAACCUCACCACAACGAUUGGAGCCCACCGCAGGGGAAAAGGCAUGGGCCUGGCCAGCGUUCACAAAAUGGACCAACGACUACCUCGUCAAGACCCUGGGCUCCAAGGAGAUCACCGUCGCAUGUACGCCUAAUGGGUGGGCUGAUGCGGUGGUUGGCGACAAGUACUUUGCGAUGCCGUGUGAGAAAAAGAUGACGUUUGAACAGUUCCUGGAUGGGAUGCCGAUCAGGGCCCGGCAGAGGAAAACACAGGCACCUGGUCAUGAUAGACAAGGCGAUGACGAGGAGAGUUUGAGUAAUGGGGUGCAGGAUCUAGGACUGGACGGUGAUGGACAAGGAGCAGUAGCGGUGGACCCUUAUCAGGAAGUGCGAUAUAUUCAACUUCAGAACGGGAACUUAAUGACAGAGUAUGAGGAGCUGUUGGAGGAUGUGCCACCGCAGAUUCCGUUUGUUAGUGAGGCGUUGGGCAAGGAACCGGAUGCGGUCAAUUUUUGGUAUGGCGAUGAGCGUAGCACUACCUCGUUGCACAAAGAUCACUACGAGAACAUGUACGCGGUCAUCACGGGAAGGAAAAUCUUUACGCUGAUACCUCCCACAGAGCAAUUCUGUCUCCAUGAGAAACAAUACAUCGCCGCAACAUAUGUGGACACAACCGACAACUCAACUGCAUCCUCAUCCUCAUCAACACCCACACAAACAACACCACGCUACAAACUCGAACCCUUGGACCCCGUCGUACUUACAAAAUGGAUCGCCCUCAACCCAUCCCACGAACCAGAGGAAGAGCUCUUUGAAAAAUAUCCUCGUUAUCAAAUGUGCCAACCCUUCAGGGUUGUGGUCAACCCGGGUGAGAUGCUGUACCUCCCUGCGAUGUGGUACCAUCAAGUCGAACAGGAACCCGAUCACGAAGGCAAAUGUAUUGCGGUGAAUUGGUGGUAUGAUAUGGGGUUUGAAGGCGACCGGUUCUCGAAUGCGGCGUUUAUGACGAGUUUGUUAAAGCUUGUGGAUGAUAUUGAGGGUGAGCGGUCUGAACGCCAUUGA